AUGGUCUUGGUGGAAGAUGAUUCACCAAUCAAAGAUGAGCUCUUCGACAAUUCUGUUGUUACAGUUGAAGAGGAUGAGGUCUCUUCUGAUGACCAGUUCAAUGAUGAAGAGCCUGUUGUCAGAGAAGAGGCAAAACUUCUGGACAUGACAGAGCUUGAGAGAAGGCGAGCACAGGCCUUUUUGUACCUGUGUGCAAAUCGAAAAAUCGUCGUUAGUCGUCAAGACAUUAUAGCGACGGUUUUAGAUGCAUACAGGUCAAACCUGGAGCUGGAGCACCAUCGUCUUACGGUGGAGCUUAAAGACGAAAUUGCUGUGGAUCUUGACGGGGUUACCAAAGAGAUGUUCCAGUUGUUCUUUUCAGCUUUCGCUGAAAAAUAUAUGACUGGACAUCUUGAAAAAGUGCCCAACAACGAUCAUAGGCUGCAUGCUACAGAUCUGUAUCGCACACUAGGGCGCAUAAUUGCGCAUGCAUUCGUCCUCUGUGGUUACUGGCCUAUAGCCAUUAAUAAGGCCACUCUAACUGCAUCCUUGACAGCGGCAGUAUCUGAAGAUCUUGUGCUGUCAUCCUUCCUUGGCAUGCUGAAUGAAAGGGAGUGUCACAUUCUUCAGGCUCUUCUCCAUGGCAGGGGUUCUGAGGAUGACCAGCUGAGAUGCUUGGGUGUCCUCACAAGAUUUGACUGCAGGCAAAGGGUCACCAACCUGAAUGCCAGGGACAUACUAACGACGUUGGCAAGCGCCGUCACAAUUUACCGGCCUUUUCAUGCAGUACUCCAGAUCGGACAAGGCCUUACGUCAUAUAACAACUUAUGGAAUGGAGUGGGAGAACAGCACAUCGUGCGUCUUUUUCAACAGGCAUUACCGGACGCCACCAAGGUGGAAGAUGUCAUCCUCCCGGUUUUUUCGGAGGAUGAAGCAUGCAGAGUAAUGGAGGAAAGGGUGGUAAUUUUCCUCAAGACAUGGAUGGCAUCACUGCGUCCAGAUCAGUUCAGGGAUUUUUUUAUUUUCUGGACUGCCAGUGAUGCCAUCCUCCCCAACCAAGUCCUGAGGGUGGACUUCAACUCCACCGAUGGACUUGGAAGGAGACCGGCGGCUACAACCUGCUCAGACACUCUGAGUCUGAGCAGGUUGUAUUUCAGCCAGGAGGAUUUUGAUCAAGAUAUGCAAGUUAUUUUCUCUGAACAUUCCAAAAUAAUGGAUGCCCUUUAAAUAUAUAUUAUGUUCUAUAUUUUUAUACGCUUGUCCGAGACAAGACGUAUGCGUCCGUCCGUUCAUCCAUCCGUCUGUUAACUUUAGGUUGACUUAACCUAGGCUCAUAUAAUUUUUUGUGUAUGAUAUUAGCAUGGAUCCCAGGAAGCUUAUUGUUUUUGAGGUCAAGCAGUCAAAGUUCAAGGUCAUUCUGACACAUUUUAAUUGUUCCCUUCUGAAGUCCUUGUAAACAUGACAACUUUAGUUUAACUUUUAAAUGAAGUCCAUGUAAUUUUCGCCUAUUUUUGCACUGUUACUUUUGUAUCUAUGCAUUAUGAAAAUGCAAAAAAUGAUAUAGGUUCAUCUGCUUAAUUUUGUUUUAUGGGUCGUCAUAUUAGCCGUAUUUGAAUGAUAUGCAAUCUUGCGCAAUCAAGAGAAUCAUGCCUCUCUUAGAACUCACAAAUUCACCAAAUGAGUUUAAAUCAUCUUUACUCAGUUGAUACUGCAUCAAACUUUAUCAAAUUUUCAAGAUAUAUAACAAAGUGUAUACCAAAGAAAGGGAGUCUUUUAAUGGGUAAAACUAUCUCUUUUUGGAGUCAGCAGUGCCCUCAUUCGGUAAGAAUGGUGCAUAAACUGUGAAACAACAAAUCUUCAAAGACAGGAAUCCAGUCAAACAUAAAAAGGAUUUUGUAAGCUGCACUUUUUUCAAAAUACAUGUCAUUUUCAUCAUACUCCAGAUUUGUAGAAUAUAUUCUGAAUUCGUUAAAAUAUUCCAAAUAUGGGGUCCAUGUGUUAAUUUUUAAACUAUCAAGUGUCCAAAGUGUUGCAAGUUUGCUUGAAAUUGCCUAAACUGCACCGAAAACAUGCAAAGGUCUCUUAAUACCCUCUAAAAUGCAAAUGGUUCCUUAUUUUGCUCCCAAACGUUAAAAAUCCAUGUAAUUUUCAUCAUGCUCUCGUUUGUAGACGAAUAUUCUGAAGACAUUACGCUAUUAGAAAUGUGGGAUCCAUGUGCCCGUUUUUUAAUUAUCAGUGUCCAAAGUGUUGCAGGUUGGCUUAUCGCCUAAAAUGCGCGGACAACGUACCAAGGUCUGAAAUGCGAAUAGUUUCGUAGUUUUGUUUCCAAACAUUCAAAAUCCAUGUCAUUUUCCUCAUCCUCUCCAUAUUUGUAGAUGAAUAUAUUCUGAAGACAUUAAGGACGUUCCACAGUUAAAGUGAAAUCCAUAUCAUUUUCAACAAACUUUGAACAUAGAUACUUUAGAACCCGAAUAUUUGAAAUAUGUAAAAAUUAACAUGUGCAUGUGCUUUAUUUUUUGCUAUAGAGCUUCAAAGUUCACCCAAAUUGAUGUUAAGAGUUGCGCAUGCACAAGAAUUUGGCAUUUUUAGACCUCGCAAGAUCACUACAAUGAGUUUAAACCUCUAUUGCUCAGUCAAAAUACAUAAAAAAGCCAUCAAAUUUUGCUAGAGAGUUAAUAAGUGUACCGUUGAAUGGAGAAUCUAUUUAUUGUGCUAUUUGAUUGCAUUUUCAAGUCUAACACGCUGUCAGUUCUUAGAAAUGGCAAGAGAUUUAAAAAAAAAAAAUUCUCAAAAAUGUGAAAUUUCAUAAACAAACUACAAAAGUACAAUAAAUGUUGCACUUUAUUCAAAAUCCAUGUCAUUUUCAACAAAAUUUGCAGUUGUAAAGAAGGUAUACAUAAGAUGCACACAAAUUAAAAAAUAAUGGUUCAUGUGCUAGUUUUCUAACUAUCGGCAGUUUUAUUAGAGCAAAUGUGCUUUUUAAACACCAAAUGUGUUUGUGUCUAUGUGAAGAAAAAACUAAAAACCACUCUACCAUUUAUUCAAACUCAUCAUGUUUGUGAUAUUUGGCAGCACUGCAGAGUAAAUUAUUUUGAAAUUGUAGAGAUAUUUUUUUAAAUGGUCCAUGAAAUAAUAUCAUUUUUGUUAACUUUAUAAAAUAACGCAUUGGAUCUGCAGUUAGAGUACAGAUGAUGAGAAAAAUCAGCACAUACCCACAGCUAAUUACUUGUUCAUCCAUUGUGACGUCAGUGCGCAAAAUGUAAAAUAUUCGCAGAUCGUAAUGCGCACAGACAACUGGAAUGUCCUUAAGAUAUUGAAAUAUGGGGUCCAUGUUCUCGUUUUCGAGCUAUCAGUGUCCAAGUUGGAUUGAAAAUCACCUAAAAUGCGCCAAAAAUAUGCAAAAGUCUCCUAAUACCAUCUAAAAUCCAAAUAGUUACAAAUUUCAAGGAUUUUUUAGGUCAAAAGUUAAGGUCAGUGACAUAUUUGCACCUUACCAUUCUGAAUCCUUGUAAACGCGAUAACUUCAGUUUAACUUAAGCUUAAUCAUAUAAUUUAGUGUGUAUGAUACUAGCUUGGAUCCAAGGAAGCCUAUUGAUUUUGAGGUGAAGGUCACAGUGACAUAUUUUCACCCUACCCUUCUGCAGUCCUUGUAAACGUGAUAACUUCAGUUUAACUUAACCUAGGCUCAUAUAACUUGGUAUGUAUGAUACUGGCAUAGUUCUCAGCAAUUCUAUUGAUUUUGAGGUCAGAAGGUCAAAGUCGCCCCAUUCCACUUUUAUUACUUGACCAAUAACUCCAUAUUCCAUGUUACAGGUGGGCCUAUUAUGUGCUCGCCUUAGCGACACCUGUUCACUGUAUAGAAAAAAUUAUUUUCCCAAAGUGAUGCAACUACCUCAAAGAAUUUUAGGGCACACCAGUGUAUGUUUAGUUUCCAUGGAGAAAAGAAUACUUUCUUGAUUGAAAUACAUGUCUUGAUUGAAAUACAUGUCUUGAUUGAAAUACAUGUCUUGAGGAUAUUAUUGUCACUACCACAUCUUCAACCUUGGAUUUAUUAUAUGCCUCACACCAAUAUUAUUAUUUUUACUUUGCCAAAGUGAUGCAACUACUUCAAAGAUACUUUUUAGGACACACCAGUGUAUGUUCAGUUGCUAUGAAGAAAAGAAUACUUUCAUGAUUUAAACAAAUGCCUUGAGGAUUUUAUUACGUGCAAAACGUUAUAUAUUCAAGUGUGUGGACUGUACAAAAGAGAAAAGAAAUCUAAUGUAUGUUAUAUGCCUAUCAUGCCAAAAUGUCACUACCGCAUCUUCUACCUUGUAAUUUUUAUAUGCCUCACACCAAUAUUAUUAUUUUUACUUUGCCAAAGUGAUGCAACUACUUCAAAGAUACUUUUUAGGACACACCAGUGUAUGUUCAGUUGCUAUGAAGAAAAGAAUACUUUCAUGAUUUAAACAAAUGCCUUGAGGAUUUUAUUACGUGCAAAACGUUAUAUAUUCAAGUGUGUGGACUGUACAAAAGAGAAAAGAAAUCUAAUGUAUGUUAUAUGCCUAUCAUGCCAAAAUGUCACUACCACAUCUUCUACCUUGUAAUUUUUAUAUGCCUCACACCAAUAUUAUUAUUUUUACUUUGCCAAAGUGAUGCAACUACUUCAAAGAUACUUUUUAGGACACACCAGUGUAUGUUCAGUUGCUAUGAAGAAAAGAAUACUUUCAUGAUUUAAACAAAUGCCUUGAGGAUUUUAUUACGUGCAAAACGUUAUAUAUUCAAGUGUGUGGACUGUACAAAAGAGAAAAGAAAUCUAAUGUAUGUUAUAUGCCUAUCAUGCCAAAAUGUCACUACCACAUCUUCUACCUUGUAAUUUUUAUAUGCCUCACACCAAUAUUAUUAUUUUUUACUUUGCCAAAGUGAUGCAACUACUUCAAAGAUACUUUUUAGGACACACCAGUGUGUGUUCAGUUGCUAUGAAGAAAAGAAUACUUUCAUGAUUUAAACAAAUGCCUUGAGGAUUUUAUUACGUGCAAAACGUUAUAUAUUCAAGUGUGUGGACUGUACAAAAGAGAAAAGAAAUCUAAAGUAUGUUAUAUUCCUAUCAUGCCAAAAUGUCACUACCACAUCUUCUACCUUGUAAUUUUUAUAUGCCUCACACCAAUAUUAUUUUUACUUUGCCAAAGUGAUGCAGCUACUUCAAAGAUACUUUAUAGGACACACCAGUGUAUGUUCAGUUGCUAUGAAGAAAAGAAUACUUUCAUGAUUUAAACAAAUGCCUUGAGGAUUUUAUUACGUGCAAAACGUUAUAUAUUCAAGUGUGUGGACUGUACAAAAGAGAAAAGAAAUCUAAUGUAUGUUAUAUUCCUAUCAUGCCAAAAUGUCACUACCACAUCUUCUACCUUGUAAUUUUUAUAUGCCUCACACCAAUAUUAUUUUUACUUUGCCAAAGUGAUGCAGCUACUUCAAAGAUACUUUUUAGGACACACCAGUGUAUGUUCAGUUGCUAUGAAGAAAAGAAUACUUUCAUGAUUUAAACAAAUGCCUUGAGGAUUUUAUUACGUGCAAAACGUUAUAUAUUCAAGUGUGUGGACUGUACAAAAGAGAAAAGAAAUCUAAAGUAUGUUAUAUUCCUUUCAUGCCAAAAUGUCACGACCACAUCUUCUACCUUGUAAUUUUUAUAUGCCUCACACCAAUAUUAUUUUUACUUUGCCAAAGUGAUGCAGCUACUUCAAAGAUACUUUUUAGGACACACCAGUGUAUGUUCAGUUGCUAUGAAGAAAAGAAUACUUUCAUGAUUUAAACAAAUGCCUUGAGGAUUUUAUUACGUGCAAAACGUUAUAUAUUCAAGUGUGUGGACUGUACAAAAGAGAAAAGAAAUCUAAUGUAUGUUAUAUGCCUAACAUGCCAAAAUGUCACUACCACAUCUUCUACCUUGUAAUUUUUAUAUGCCUCACACCAAUAUUAUUAUUUUUACUUUGCCAAAGUGAUGCAACUACUUCAAAGAUACUUUUUAGGACACACCAGUGUGUGUUCAGUUGCUAUGAAGAAAAGAAUACUUUCAUGAUUUAAACAAAUGCCUUGAGGAUUUUAUUACGUGCAAAACGUUAUAUAUUCAAGUGUGUGGACUGUACAAAAGAGAAAAGAAAUCUAAUGUAUGUUAUAUUCCUAUCAUGCCAUAAUGUCACUACCGCAUCUUCUAACUUGUAAUUUUUAUAUGCCUCAUACCAAUAUUAUUGUUUUUACUUUGCCAAAGUGAUGAAACUACUUCAAAGAUACUUUU